AUGGCAACUUUGCGGCAGAAAUGGGCUAUUCACAAAAAUUAUCGCAAAAUUCAAACUUGUUGGCAGGAGUAUCGUUCCGUCUCGGAUAAAGAUGAUGUUCAAUUAAUGAUUCAAAAACUUGAAAAUUUUCUCGACAUUUUUCAAGAAGCGUACAAAGAAUGGAGUGCAUCUGGAAUUAUUAUACCAACCGAUUUCUCAUUGGACAAAUUAUACGGUGACUGCUCAGAAGUAUUAAAGCCAGAUCCUGGUGUGGAAAGAGUGGCCGAUUUAGUUAAUAAGGCGUUAAAUGUAGCAGAAUUAAUAUUAAAGGACGAAAAAUAUCGGCAAUUAGUUGCCAAUACACCUAAUUUAAUUUGUCGAAUCUUAUUAUUAUUGGAAAAGUUAAAUACAACGGAGGCUAAAAAAUUAACUUUGAGAGUUAUUAGCACGUUGGGUGAAAAUGAUUUGAAUAAAAUUGAGAUAGGCAGACAUCAAGGUUUCAAAAAAAUCUUACGUUUAUUAAUUGAUGACCCUGAUUUGACAUCGGAAAUUGUUAGAACUAUAAAACAUUUUCUUGAGGUUCGAGAUGAAGACAUUCAGAAAAAUGGUCUAAGGAUUUCGGAUAUAAACAAAAAGAUAUCAAAAAGGCAAAAUUAUAUCAAUAGCAAUAGGAAUGUUGAUAUAGGCGAGAAAUUAAAAGGAGAAAAUCUAUUCUCUCAAUAUGAUUCUUUUGAUAGUGAUUUCAAUGAAGAAGAAAGGGAUAAUGUGAAUACUUUCUUUGGUAGUUUUGUUGGAGGAAAAGUUUCAAGCAUGGUUGCUGAAAUACGUGAAUUAGUAUUUACUGAGCUUGGUAGAGUUUUUCCAAAUUUGCAUGCACUUGCGAGUGAAAUUUUGGUCAAUCAUAGCGAUAGUCUUAAUGACAAAAGGAAAAUUUGUCCCUUCAUACCCACAUCAGAUAAAAUCAAAUCUACAAUACCGCGUUUUAAUCUAAUAAAAGAUUCGUAUAAUCAUAAUGAUGACAAGUUAGAAAAUAUAAUAUCUAAUAAAAGUGAUUUAAAUGGUAACGUUAAUAUUAUGACAUAUCUGGAAGACGAGAGUAGUUCUUCAGAUUCAAGUAGUAGCGACAAGAGAUGCUCGGACGACUUGGAUAAAUACUCUGAAACAAGCGCCUCAUCUGUUGCAACAAAUGAAAGCGCGGAGGAAUAUAUGCGUGUACAAGGUGCCCUUCGAUCUUUGACGAACAUAUUAUCAGAAGGUUUAUCUCAAUCAAAUAUGACAUCAGUCUCAAAGUUGGAUAUCAUAGAGACAAUUUGCAAGUUGUUGUUUCGGAAUACGGCAAACCAGGCCGAAUUUCGUAAGAUGGAUGGUUAUACGACGAUUUUUAACGUACUUGAUCAAUUUCCUGAAAAUGGAGCGAGAGAACGCGAAAGUUUUCUCAAGGAUUGCUUUAAUGUUUUUUUUAUAAUAAGUCUUGAUGGUAGUGAGGAUAUGGUUGUUGGCAAUGUUGACGCAUUUAAUCUCAUAUUCCGCACGAUUGUCUCAUCAUCUCAACUAGAUGUGCGGCAAUAUGCUCUCAAUUGUAUUCAGGAUUUAAUUACGAUAAAUUGUCUUAAUGUAGUUGCCGCGUGGAAAGUUGGUGGAGUUGAUACUUUAAUAAUGAUGUUAAAUUCAGCCAUUCGCGUGAAUGAAAGUAUAAAUGAUUUAUUCCGAGUGUUGAAACUGAAAGAAUUAUCUCAAGCAAGCUUGGAAACUUUUGCCGAUAUAAGAUAUGAUAUAACGGCUGUUGAUCCAAAUUCGCCGUCCUUAUUUUCUGCCAAAUCACCAGUUGCACAAGCUGUCGAUCUAAAUCCAAUAUUUCGUUAUUUAGUGGCUGUAACAAGGUCAUUGGAAUAUAUGGCAGUCAUUCUAAGCGAAAAUAAUUCUUAUAUACUGAAAGAAUACACGCGUAUCUUGAUGGAAAUUUGCUUACCGUCAAAAUCCAUUGUUGUUAAUAUUAUUUUGCGCAGCGUAUCGCGUUUGUUGACUGACCUCCUUAGUCGAAAUAAGGACGUUGAAAAAAACCUUUUGAGCAUAUACUUACAGUUUAUAAGAGAUAUAUUUCAAAUGUCCAAGUUUGAUGGCUUGGCUUCAGAUCUAAGUAACCGUGUAGAGUCUGAAAUUAAAAUGGACCCAACCUUGAAUGAGCUUGAUCGGGUUGUGAUCGCUGAACAGAAUCUACUUCUAUUACAUAUCGUUGGGUUAUUGGUUGAUGCUACAGGAAGAAAUAUGGAACUUUUUGAAGCUUUACAAGGGUUUGAAACGCUCCAUGAUGCUAUAGUUCUUUCUAGUUCAUGUGUUGAGUGUGUAAAUAAUGAUAUUAAUCUGCAAGUUGGCUUAGACAUUCAAGACUUGUCUAUAAUGAAAGAUUAUCCUGGAUUAGAUGAGGAUAUCAUGGUUGCAGAUAUGGCCCUUUGGUUGUUAAGAGAAUAUAUCGUUUGCGGUUUGGAUUGUAUUGAGAGUUGGAUGAUAAAGUUAACAAAAUAUAUUCUUGCAAACAUCAGUAAAUCUGCAACAAAGUCAUCUAAUGCGUCCGAGGUUGACACUAUUGCAAGUAGCAAACCUCCAGUUACUAUUAUUUCUUCACUGCUAAAUCCAAAAUAUCAGUGUAAUUCUCUUCAACGUCCAAAAAGAGCGAUCUUUCCCUGGCUUCAGACCAAAGUAUGCAACGUUGUAUCCUCUGUGCUUCGUAAGAGUGAUAAAGCAAAACAACUAUUUGGGGAAUUUGGUGGCCUAGAAGUUAUGUUAGGGAUAAUAAGCCACACACAAGAUAUGGAUGUGGCAUCUGCUGCUCUUGUAACCGUCGGUGAUUUUUUCGCUGGAUAUGAAGGUGUACAGCAAUUACUGGGAAAUUUAUUUGGAUAUGAUGGUUUCCUGGAAUUGAUCCUUUCCUCAGUAACACCUAUUGAUAAAACAUGUUGUGAAAUUGUUCUUGAAGUUGCAACGAUUGGAAGUAUCAGUCGAUCUUUAUCUCAAUGUCCCGCAGAAGCUGAUCCAUUUUUGAUCAGUAGUGAUAUUAUGCCUUUUAUUUCUGGGUUAUUAGAUCCGACUCCUUUAUUUACAGAGUUACUUAAAUUUACACAAAAGCGACAUGUGGGAUUUAAUAAACAAAGUAAUAAGCAAGAAGAGCACAAACGUAAUAACAAUCGCGCAACGGUAGGCAGCCCAACUUUGAUGAGCUUUUGCGAGGGGACGAAAAAUGGCUCUUCUUCAUCUCUUAAUAAAGUUCCGUUUGAGUCUACGAACGAGAACAAUUUAGCUAGUUUUUCUAAUGGUACAGCUAAAAUGUCUAGGUCAAGUAGUAAAAGUAGCACGCAACUUCCAAGUCCUACAUUAGCACCUACUACUCGAGUUGAACGACUUAAGACCGAAGAAAUUAUUGAACAAUCGAGUAAACAAACAACUCGCAAAAGAAGUAAUUCUCGCAACUUGGGUGGAUUCGGUUUAAAUUCAAACGCUGUCAGAUCAGAUUCUUCGACAAUUAAUGAUAAACUUCGAAAUUGGGUAGGAAUUAUUUUCCGCGAUUCAGAUGCUGCAAUGAUGGCUUUAAAACUUCUCUCUCAUAUUGCAGAUGGUAAUGACGAGAAAUUGCAGCACUAUUACUUUAAUUUAUUAAUGAUGUUGAUGGAGGUUGAUCCGCGUAAUAAAGAACUAUUGUGCGCCAAUAGAGCUUUGAAGUUUGUAAUGGAAGUUUUAUUUGUGAAAGGCAAAUGCUCAAACGAUUUCGAGCCUCUUAGGCAGCACCCUCCGUCAUAUGUAGAUUUGAUACCUGCAUUAGGGGCGUAUGAUAUGACGAACUCGGAUGUGAUGUUGUUAUUUGAAGCCGCAUAUGAUCCCCUUAGUAUGUUCGGACAUUUUUUAGAUGGAGGAAGUUCACAUAGAAGGUCAAAUUCUAGUUCAGGCGAUUCUUUCUCACAGUCUCUACCUUCACCUAAAAAUUCAACAAUUAAAAUUGAUCCUUUCUUCAUUCGUGAGAUACAAAUGCAAAUGAUUUAUUCAAUUGAGCGAAUAUCGGAAAGGAUGGAUCCAUCUUGUUAUUUUAAUUUCAAUGGAAUCGAUAGUGUGUUACAAACCGCGCCUUUGGAUAAAUUUCCUAGUAUAAAGCAUGGUUAUACACUUAGUAUGUGGAUUAAAGUUAUUGCAUUCUUUGGAGACGAAACUGGAUUAUUGUGUUAUGAAGAUAAAUCAGGGACAUGCACAACUUUCGAACUUUAUUUUAAACGUAUGGAUAGAUCGGAUCGAUAUUGUCUCUGUGUUCGAACCCAACACCACACUUUGCCACCGGAGGAUUUUGUUUUUUACGGUUUCGAUUUUCAAGAGAUUGGAAUUUGGCAUCAUAUCGUGUUCGUUCAUUCCAAAGAUAGUACAUCGUUAAUUGUUGAUGGAUCUAUGAUACAAUCACAUAAUAUGUUUAAUUAUCCAAAGAUGACGGGCAAAGAAAAGAUUGUUGCUGUUAUUGGACGUCGUGGAAAGGAAAUCAGUCCUUGUUUACAAAAAUCGCCUAAUAAAGAAUCAAUUAACAGUCAUUUCUACGGACAAAUCGGUUCUAUUUAUUUGUUCAGAGGACUUUGGGAUGAAGAAAUAUCAGAGAUUGUUUUCAACCGAGGUCCGGCCUAUUCUAAGAAUUAUCGUUUACUCGGUGUAGAAAAUAAGGAAGUAAUGGCCAUUCACCCACAAUCAUAUUUGAACAUUGAGCAAAAAUCCAUAAUUGAAAGUGAAAAGUCUCGAAAAAAUUCGGAUUCGAUGAGUUUUACAAAGACGGCUGGGAGAAUGGAAGGGGGCUGUUCUGUGCACGCUACUCGUUCCAUGAGAGACAUCAUUGAACAAACUGGAAGAAUAGAUCAUUGCUUCCAAAUCUUAUAUAUGGAUCCACAACAGCAGCUGGUCGGACUUCGAACAAUAUCUAAUUUGCUUUACAAGAGUCCACAAAAUGUUGUUAAAUUCACGGAAAGGCAUGGAUUUGAUACGAUCCGUCGAUCCUUGAGCAAGGAUCAUAACGUCUUAAGUCCUGAACAUUUCUAUGUUUUGUUGGAUAUAGUUAGUGAUGGCGUGAUGAAAAAUAACCAAAUGCUCAUUAUAAAUAUCGAUCCUCUGAGGGUGGUUAUCGAUCUUUUGGCUGGUUGUAAAGAAUCCGUACAAUUACCUGUAGUACGUACUUUGAUGGAUAUGUUGAUUGAUGUGCCCGAGAAUCUCAAAACAUGGCGUACCUACCUCGGCGUGGACGUUUUAUUUGAUCUUAUCGAUAAUCUUCCCGCAUCGCUUCAACAUUUCACAAUGCGAACACUUGAAGUAAUGAUUUUAGAUUUAACCGUUGAGGAACUAACAAAGUUAUUUAAAUAUUUGGAAAAGGAUAAGUGGGUGAACAUUGAGGUUAAGUGUGAUAUAGUUAGCAUGCUCUAUAAGAUUAUGACAUUUGACACUCAACUUGUCGAAAAAUUACGUGGAUUAAAAGCUUUAUCACUUUUAAUGCCAUUCCUUGAAGCCCCUAAUGAAAAGUUCCGUAUUACAAUCCUUAAAAUGAUGGGAAUUUUAAUGAGUUCAAAUGUUAAGCAUAGUAGAGGAGUACUUGUUAAAAUUAAUGGAUUUGACACGAUACGAUUAUAUUUAGUGAAGCAUCAACUUUCGCUAGAAUUUACACAAGUAUUAAUAGGAAUUGGAAUAAAUUUUUAUCAAAGUGAUCCAGAAUUUAAAAAUUGUUCUUUAACGAUGUUGGAUAGACCUAUAUUUAAAAGAUCUUCACCUCGAAGUUCGGAAGAUAGUAUCUCUCGAACGAUGAAUAAGAGCACCGAAGAAUUAAUAUACCCUGAAACGAUCUAUUUGAUAUUUGAUUUGCUCAAAGUAUCGGAGAAUUCCGAACUUGUAUUUCAAGUGUUGACUGAUAUAAAAAGGAUAUUGACUCCCGUCAAUAUGAGAUGUUUAUGGGAACAAAAUUGGUUAGAAUGGGUUAUAGUUUUCCUACAGGGAAGAUCCAAGAUUGCAGGAAGCACUAUUUAUAAUCAACAUAUUCUCACAAUGAUUGAUACGAUCGUGCAAAAAAUGAUGGUGUUUGAUAUUUCUCGAAAAAAUUCGACCACGUCAAAGGCAAAAGGCGCAAUUAUCAUACCACAAAAUCUUUCGGACAAAAAUUAUUCGGAGAAAUUUAUGCUUCGACUCAUAGAUAUUCUUCUUUCAUACUUUGACAAGAAUCCUAACGUUAAUACAGAAAUUUCAAUCUAUAUUUUCAGAAAUCUUGGAAUUUUAUAUCGAUAUCUUGAUGAUCGUGUUAUUACAUCAGUUCGACGUCAUUUUGCAAGUACGAUAAACAUAUUAGCAUGUCAUAAUAAUUCUACGAUACGAACUAGUAUGAAAUCUUCGGGUUUAUUUAAAAUUCGCGAUAAUUUGAUAAAAGAUUAUAAUGAUUUGGCUCCAAUAGGUGGAAAUGAAUUUGGAUUAAAUGUAAAGGUAUAA